AUGCUCCAGCUCUCAGCUGAUACCGGGCUCAAGGUUUCGGUGGGGGUCUUCUUUCUGUGCGCAUUUUUUCUGCACGCGACUUAUAAUACGACCUUUGCCUUUGAUCGCCCGGUCAAUACGGUUAUCUUGACCUGCUUCCUUACAGGAGCAGUUUUCCUGGUUUUUGGUCGCUUCGUUCCGUUGACAUCGCGACCCUCGUCGCCUAUCUCCAAACGAUCUAGAGUUCCACUCGCCGAUCAAUUUGAACUUGCUUCGCCAUCCUCGUCGCGCUCCUCACUAUCGCGUUCUUCAAUCUCUUCACCAAUAUUGGCAUUUGAUGAACCAGCGCCUCCAGUUCGAUCCGGGUAUUGGUACAAGCUUGGUCUUCUGUUAAGCAUCUGCUGUCUACGAGUUGAAUUGUUCCGACGAAUCAGUCUCAACAGCGAGUGUGUGCCCGCCGGGUUUUCGUAUUUUAUCCCAUUCAUUGUUUCCCUCUAUGACUAUUGGCGCUAUCGACGAUUGCAGCCGACGGACGACUAUGUCUCUUCCCACCGAUUUCAGAGCGUACCUAUCCAGGUGAUCGAGUCGGUUUAUCGACGAUGCUUCUAUUAUAUGACAAAGAGCGUUCUUAGAGGUAUUAUUGCCGCUAUCUUGGUUUCUAUUGGUGGGUAUUCGGCUUCGUCCUUUUUGGCUGGGAGUCAAUCCACCUAUAUCUGCCCAAUCAUUCUUGAUACUGCAUUUUGGAUGCGAAUUGUCAAAUUAAUCAGCCUGGUCUUUGACUCGCUUAUUUUAAUUGGAAUUGCUGAGCUAUUUGAAUACGGUGCCGAAAGAAGUGAAACGCGAAGGCAGAAACGGGCGCUCAUGUCUUUGGGAGCUGGCCUUCUCGUAAGUGGCAUGCCGCUGGACGCUGGGAACGACUUGCUGACAAGAAGGUUUUAUCAGGUUAUUGCAUUUGUUUGGUCAAUAAUCGGGAUUUUUGUCGAACAGAGCCGCCCCGAGCAUAGGGGCCAGCCAUUCUUGGACGCAAAGUACACACGAAGUGCCUUUGGUCUAGCCCUACUGGUUCUGUUCUUCAUUUUAUCAGCUUGGCAGAUGGUGCCAACGUACGGUGUGUUGGGAAUAUCUAUUCUAACCGGCUUCAUGUUUAUCUACUUCUCCGCCGUAUCAACCUUGCUGUUUCGACAGUUGCCCUUCCCCUUUAUCUCCAUGGAUCAUGCCGUCCUUCCCUUCGCAACAUCUACGGCAGGUGCUGUGCUCUUCCUCUUGGCACGCAUUGUUUCGCAGGAAGAAUCGAAGUCAUUGUAUCGUGCCAAUAUUACCUUGCAGGUUACAUUCAUUAUCCUUUGCAGCAUCGGCCUCAUAUUCGCUUCGACCAAGCACCAUUUCGCACAUACUCACCCCAUCGACCUAUUGGUUCACAAGGCAACAAUUCAAUUUGAUCGUUUUUCUGAGCAAGCUGCCUCAAGCAGAUCGCUGGAAGAGGCUGUUUUGGAAUAUCGCAACCGGUAUCACCAGCAUCCACCUCCUGGUUUCGACAAGUGGUACGAGUAUGCCACGCAUCGAUCAUCGGUGAUCAUCGACGAUUUUGAUGAGCUUCACAAAAAUCUUCUUCCUUUUCGAUCUGUCCCGCCCCAGGAACUACGCGACGCCACCCAAAAGUUAGCAACGAAUCCUUUCAACGACCUGGGGGCCAUAAGUAUUCGUGAUGGCAAGCCAAGGGUCCAGGAAGGAAUCAAACCAACGCAUGCGUGGAUGGUUCAAGGCGCUGCUCAAAUGAUCGAAAAAUUCUCUGAACAUCUACCAGACAUGGAUCUUGUUUUCAACUUGAAUGAUGAGCCCCGCGUCGCAGUUCCGUGGGAAAAGAUAUGGCCAUAUAAGCGCACGGCAAAGGAAAUGGAAAAUGAUUUCAAUCCUGAAUCAGAUGUGAUAAGCACUUGGUCUGGGAGCCGAAAGAAUCGCUGGGGACCCAUUGAGCCAGCUGACCAAACAAAUGAAACCGUGUUUACCGAUGGCGCUUGGCGUGGUGUUUUUGAUCCAUAUGUGAGCGCUAUUUGUCCAGCUUCAUCCAAAGCACGCACACGUCGAGUCUGGAAUCGGCACGACAUCUGUUUAGACUGCACGGAUCCUCAUAGUAUGGGUCAGUUCCCAAAACAUUUUGAUGUUUCAACGGAUAUCUGUCACCAGCCUGACCUGGCGUUCCUUCAUGGGCUAUUGAUCUCCCCUGCAUCUUUUAAGGUGUCUCAGGAGUUGGUGCCGAUUUUCAGUCAAAGCGCACUUAAGGGAUUCAACGAUAUUCUCUUCCCCAGUCCCUGGAACUAUAUUGACAAAGUGAAGUAUGAGCCAACUCAUGAGCACCCUGAUCCGGAGUACAAUGACAAGGAAAACUCCCUGUACUGGAUUGGUGGCACGUCCGAAGGCAUGAGUCGCUUUGGAGAAUGGAAGGGAAUGCCACGACAGCGGUUCGCACAUCUGAUUAACAACAACACCGAUCACAAGGUGUCUGUGCUUCUGGAAACGGGUCCAAGGUCUUACAAAUACGAAAUCAUGAAUGGAAACGAACCAUCAGAAAAGCUUGGUCUUCGCGCUGAUGUCCAUAUCGCCGAUCAAAUCACCCGCUGCGGGGACUGUGAUGAGCAACAAGGAGAACUGGGACUGAGUGAAAAAGUCGACUUUCAGGAACACUGGUCCCAUCGAUUCCUCUUUGACCUUGAUGGUGCCGGGUUCAGCGGUCGAUUCUUGCCCUUCCUACAGAGUCGUAGCCUACCAUUCAAAACAGGCCUUUUCCGUCAAUGGUUCGACUCCCGGAUGAUCUCGUGGUUCCAUUUUGUACCUAUCGACAUCCGUCUCCACGGCUUCUGGAGUACGAUGGCAUACUUUGCCGGCGUGUCAGGCCCUCUCACUGAUGACCAUGACCCCAAUGUCAGUUCAAUGAGAAUGAAGGCCCAUGACGAGGAUGGUCAGUGGAUUGCCGAACAAGGACGAAAGUGGGCCGGAAUUGCCCUCCGCAAAGAAGACAUGGAGAUUUACUUCUUCCGCCUUCUACUCGAAUGGGGUCGUCUGACCGAUGACCAACGAGAAGAACUCGGAUUUAAGCCAUGA